AUACACACACACUAGAUACGCGACUAUAUCAGCUGUUCUGUCUCCCUUUGGCUCACUUUCGCUUCAAAGGCAGCCUUUACCUCAUCAUGGAGCGAGUCCUCAAGUCAACUGUGCUUCUGCUUGUGCUACUGGGCGCUCGUCCUGGCACGGCUUCCUACUCCUCGGAAACGCGUUGCUAUGCUGACCAAAACCUGUACGGGGAGUGGUACGACUUCAACGAGUACGUUCCCAACCUCGGCCUUUACCACUUUGACAACACCAUCGAGAGCAUCAGGGAGACAGGAGUGUGGAUGUACUAUGACCAUGCCGAGUACAACACAUACCAGUCAGGCUGGGUGUUCUGGGCAACUGGUAUCGACUUCUCUGGCAAUGUUCCUUCACAGUAUGCUAACACGGCCACCUCCCUGAGAUACGCCGGCAGUCCCUACAGCCUCAACGACGAGACAUGGACAGUGUACUCGGGCGAAUCUUUCACUGGCCAUGAAGUGAUGGGAAAUGAAGAUGCUGCCUCACUGGGACCGCUUGGUGAUGACGUCUCUUCCAUAAUCAUUCUCGGCCAAAGCGCUUGGACAUUCUAUGACGGCAGAGACUUCCACGGGACCAACAGUGUCUGUCUGUAUCCGAAUUUCAAGUUUAAUGAUGACUCCGAAGAUCGCUCCCUGCAUGUGGGCCUCUACCCGACGCCCAGUCACUUCCAGAUCAGCGACAACAACAUCGAAUCGGUGCGGAAGGGAUGCUGGUCCAAGAACGUGGUGUCGGGCAGACCGUCAGCGCCAACUUCAGCUCCUCCAGCGGCGCUUGGGGAACCCUCCAGGGCUAGGCUAAAGAUCGCCCUCAGCCGGACUCAAGGACUGGUUCUCGCUCCCUCUCGCCGGCUGGCGCGGUUGGACGGAGUCUGAAGGAAUAAAGUUAUUUGGGGC